AUGUCGGUUACAGCAGGCGCCUCCGGUCCCCAGCGCCAACAUCAAGACGACGAAUCGCCUAAUGGCGACCUUCCCGAUCCCGACGAGAAUGGCGAUGAUCUUCACAAUGAAGUCAAGCGACUGCGUCGCGAGGUCCAGGAGAAGGAUCGCCGCCUAGAGCAGCUGGAGCGUAUCGUCGCCGAUCUCCAGCAAGCCAUUCCUCAGCCGCCUAUGCCCAAACACGACCCCCAGCUUACGCAGGCGAUGCUACCUCCCCUACCGCAGGCAGGAGAUUUAUAG